AUGGAAAUGGAGGCAGUGAGGGGGUACCUGGAGAAAGGAGGCGGCGAAGACAACAAGAACGCAUCGACCAUCAAUGGCAUGCCAAGCAGAUUCUUCGAACGCUUUAUCAUGGACGGUCUCAAAAUCGAUCUGAUCGAACCUGGUCGUGUUGUCUACUCCUUCAAAGUCCCUCAACGUUUGCUGAAUGCUGGUAAUUCUUUGCACGGUGGGGCCACAGCUACACUGGUGGACUUGUUAGGGUCAGCUGUAGUAUUCACUGUUGGAGGAGCUCCAACGACUGGAGUUUCAGUAGAGAUCAAUGUCUCCUACUUGGAUGCUGCUUAUGCCGAUGAUGAACUUGAAAUCGAGGCCAAGGCUUUACGCAUUGGAAAGGCUAUUGCAGUUGUCUCGGUUGAGUUUAGGAACAAGACGACUAAAAAGAUUAUUGCACAGGGACGUCAUACCAAGUACCUUCAAGUUGCAAGUAGAUUGUGAACAAAUUCAUCUACCCAAAUGGUUAGAAUUUCAAUACAUCAGCAUCCAUUGGAGAAAUAAUGAUGUUUCCUUCUCAAAUGAAACUGAACAAUGUAUUCAUAUAUAUUUACACUUAUGUUUUUUUAUCUGAUGAUGGAAGUUGUCAGAUGAUUGAGAACAUUUUAGUCUCAUUGCAGGGAAGGAAUUUAUGAGAAAAAGUGCUGGAAAUAGGCUACGCUCGCCUCUCCCUUUGUCAAAAGUUUGUAUUCUAAUGUCUAUGUUAUACUACACUGUAGUCUGAAUUUAUAUUGUUUUUGUAACGUGAAACCCACAGUUGCUCGCUGAACAACUGACUGGUAGACUCUGAGCCA